GAAUAGCCAUUAUAGCGACCAGUAAGCGUUGGCAACUGUGAGUUAGAGUUUGGAGUUUUACGAUGCUAGUGAGCAAGUAGUUUUAGCUGAUGUAUUGUCAUUGAUGUACCUUGGUAAUUAGAUAUUUUCUGGAAUGUGAACAAUUGCCUACCUGGUGUACCGACGACCCAGGUAAUAAAUCCGACAAUAUCCAAUAUAUCUUCUCUUAUAUUAGCCUCUCCUUUCAUUUCUUAUUACAACAUAGUUAUGAGCAUCGCAGAUUGAUCAUUCACUUGGAAGACGGCUUGGAUGGGUAGAGCAGAAGCCAAAGAAGCUUAGGUCAUUCAAUGGUCUCUCUCUGUCUCUCUCUCUCUCUCUCUCUCUCGCGCGCGCGCGCCCUCCCUCCCCAUCCUUCAAGCAUCGAAGUAUCCAAGUCCAAGCCAUGACCAAGGCUCGAUCAAACCAAACCUAGGAACUUCUUCACACGCCGUCCAUCCAUCCCAUCCAUCCUACAGGUACGCCUUUCUCUUUACCCCAUUCAUCUUAGGUGCUAGUGCUACAUUAUCUCCACUAGAUUUAUUCGUUCAAUCUUUCCUCAGACUCGGAUUCAGAUUCGGAUCCAGACGAUCUACAGCACACAUACACAUACACAUGCACUUAUUACACUUACACUUACACACAUUUCAAUCCACACAUAUCCAUUUGUAUCCUCUGAUCUUGGGGUCUUUUGAUCACAUUCACAUAUAUUAUCAAUUAUUGGUAAAUCAUUCCAAUCAAUUCUCACAAAUCUGACCUCCUGAAGAGACAAGGCUUCCACCCCACGUUUUACGCCUCUGAUGUGCAGCAUUGGUGCAAAUACUCACUAGAAUCAGCGAACCAUCUCAGCAUCCUCCUUUUUAAGCCUGCUUUGCUUUCUGCAGAUGAAGAUCAAUUCUGCUACAAAUUAUUCGAAUUCGAAUAAACCAUUUGCGCAUGAGUACAACUCAAGAUAGCCACUUCAUACUUUUUGGGUUUCCCCGUCGCGCCGCGCGAACCGUGAACGGUAAACGACAAGGUCGAGAAUCUCCGACGAGGUUGGAAUACCAGAAAUAUGACGUCUAUAAUUCGAAUGCUUUCGCCUGCUACGGACAGGAAUGGAAACACAGGUCGAAAAGGUCAAGAUGUCGAGCCUGAGCCCGAAAUUACUCCACUGGUGAAGAUGUUACAGAAUGCAGGUCCCAUACGGCCGGACGGAAGUGACAAAUUCUUUGGUUUGGAAAAUUUCGGAAAUACAUGUUAUGCCAAUUCGAUUUUACAGGCGCUAUACUAUUCAGUCCCGUUUAGAGAAAAUGUUGUUAAAUACCCUCCGCAUUCCCCUUCUGAUACCCCCAAUGGACACUUGCCAAAGUUAAUUGUUCCAACGAGAGCUCCGCCACCAAACGGAGUGCCAUUAUCGACGGCCAAACCGAAAGGCAUAUCGGCUGCCGAAGCCCUGAAAAGAAGACAAGCCGUGAACUCUGGCCAACCCGGACCUGGCGCACCAGGUACUCGACCAGAAGAUAAGCCAGAUUCGCCCGAAUACAAGAAGAAACAUGCGAUGAUGACAGGCCCAAUAUUAGAAAUUACCACGGAACAUGCAAGUUCAUAUGGCAUGGAGGAAACGACUUUUACAGCCUUGAAGGAUAUAUUUGCGGCCAUGAUAUCACAUCCCUCUCGGACAGGUGUUGUAAGCCCCCAAAGGUUCUUGGAAGUUUUCAGAAGAGACAAUGAGAUGUUUCGGACAUCGAUGCACCAAGAUGCUCACGAAUUUUAUGGAUUGAUGCUUAAUGCAGUUAUCAACAACGUCGAAGACAAUGCUCGACACUUGAAGGACUCGGUAGCGCUUCAAGAAAAGGAAGGACUUAAUGAUUCAAUGACAGCUGCCGUGCGAUCUGUUGCAGAUUCCAUGGGCUUGGCAAGUGGAGCGCAAUCUCCAGGAACGAAAUGGGUUCAUGAUAUAUUUGAAGGAAAGAUGGUCUCGGAAACGAAAUGCUUAACAUGCGAAACUACAUCACAGCGCGAUGAGACAUUCCUGGACCUUUCAAUUGAUCUGGAGAAAAACUCUUCCGUUACAUCUUGCUUGCAAAAGUUUUCGGCGGAGGAAAUGCUAUGCGAGAAGAAUAAAUUCCAUUGCGAUACCUGCGGUGGUUUACAGGAAGCAGAGAAACGCAUGAAGAUCAAAACUUUACCAAAAGUUUUAGUGCUUCACCUGAAGAGAUUCAAGUGGACUGAUGAUUUGACCCGAUUACAAAAGUUAUUUUACACUGUCAACUAUCCAUAUCAUUUACGCAUGUUCAACACAACUGAUGAUGCGGAGGAUCCUGAUCGACUGUAUGAACUUUAUGCCGUGGUUGUACAUAUUGGCACAAACGCCUUUCACGGACACUAUGUUGCGGUGAUCAAGACUGAAGAUAGAGGAUGGUUACUUUUUGACGACGAGAUGGUAGAACCGGUAGAUAAAAGUUUUGUACGACAAUUCUUUGGGGAUAAACCAGGACAGGCCUGCGCCUAUGUUUUAUUUUAUCGAGAAACUACAGUGGAGGCCAUGCGAAGAGAUCAAGAAGCUGAAGGUCUCGAUUUAAUCGCUUCCGCUUCUGAUGUAGCAGAUAUUUCAUCGGGGCAGCUUCAACAAAAUGGCACUUCUCUAUCCUCCAACUCGAAACAGGUUUUAGCAACACCCAGCACACCAAUCGAAAGCGAUACUAAUGGAUUUGGAUCCCUCGACCAUGCAUUAACAGCACCUCUGGUAGCCUCUUCUAUUUCAGGAAAUCCGGUUCCAACUCGAGUUCCUUCUUCACCUCUUGAUACCUUCAAGUCUAAAUCUAAAGAAGAAAAGGGACGAGAAAAGAAAGCCGAGAAAGAAGCCGAGAAAGCGGAAAAGUCCCGAAAGGCUGCUGAAAAGGCCGCUGAAAAGGCUGCCGCCAAAGAGAGAAAGGAAGCUGAAAAGGCAACCAAAGAUGCCGAAAAAGCAAGCAAAGUAGCACAAGAAGCGGAAACCAAAAAGGCUAUGGCUCUCAGCAAACAAACGGGAAUCGAAGAAAUCAAAAGACGACAAUCGGAAGCUAAUAUCCAAAAGGAAAACAAUGGGAAUAGCAAUGAAAAGAAUGACGGAAAGGGAUUUGGUAGUUUAAAUCUGAAUAGAAGUCAUAAAGGGAGUAAGAGUAUGAGUAGAAAGAGCUUUGGCUUUUUAAGUAAGAAUGGAGAGAAGGAGAAGGAGAAGAAUGGGGAAAAGAGUGAAGAAAAUAACAAUAUACCCGAAUCGAGCAACAAUAUGGCGGUUGAAGGAACGGCGGGCCCGCAAACACCGGAGAGACAUGAGAAGGUUAAAAAUGCACGGUUUUCGUUUGGAUUGGGACGGAAGAAGAGUAAUAUGUGGAGUCCGACUGUGGAUAAUUAGGAUGUAUCUAUCUGACAUUUUUGCAGGGGAUGAUGAGAAGAGAGAGAUGAGGGAGAUGAGGGAGAUGAGGGAGAGGCGUAAGGGGUCGGGGUCGGGGCUAGGUUGUUUUUCUUGAUGUUGAUUGAGAAACCUCGAGAAAGAAAUGUUUGGAUCUCAUAUGAGACUUGCGAUUGGGAAUUGGUAUGGAUAUUGAGUGUGGGAAUAUAUUCGCAUGGACGCGCAUGGUUGAUAUUGAACUUUGUUUUAUUUAUACUUUAUAUGCUUGCUUGCAUGUCUGCACGUAUUUGUGCAUGCAUGCUAUGGAAAGGAAGGCGAGCAUAGGAAAGAGGGGUUUGGGUGAAAUAGGAAAUGGAAUGGGUGGGGAAAAGAAUGUGUGGAUUUGUUGUCUAUGAUACUUGUAUAUUCUGUUGAUCCUCAUAUACCUCAUAUACCAUACCUAUCUGUUAUACAUAUACUAUAAAGUUUUUGGCGAGGCGUGGGUUGAAUAUACAGCUAGUCGAUGUACGCUUUGUAAAUAGCAAGUAGUCAAGAAUUGAAUAUCA